CCCCAGGAGGGUCCGCCCAGAGGCUCAUUCACCUCAGGCUUGAUAUGGAUGAUCAUCAACAUCCUGGCGACCAUCGGGAUUGUCUUCACCAACAAGGCCAUCUUCUCCGACCCGUCCCUGAAACUGGCCCAGCUCACAUUCGCCUGCUUCCACUUCCUCGUCACCUACCUAACCCUUUUCAUCCUCUCCCGGCCGGCCCUCGCCUUCUUCACCCCGCGGCGCGUCCCCCUCCUCGACAUCCUCCCUUUAUCCCUGGCCAUGUCCCUCAACGUCAUCCUCCCCAACCUCUCCCUCGCCUUCUCCACCGUGACCUUCUACCAGAUCGCCCGCAUCCUGCUGACCCCGACCGUCGCCCUGCUCAACUACGUCCUGUACGGCGCCACCCUCCCGCGCGGCGCCAUCCUCGCCCUGAUCCCCGCCUGCAUCGGCGUCGGCAUGGUCUCCUACUACGACUCCCUCCCGCCGCCGCCGCCGCCACCUCCUCCCACCGCGGCCACCAUCAUCAGCAGCAGCACCAGCCCUGCCAUCCAAAUGCAGACCACCACCAUCACUACCACCACCCCGCUGGGCAUUUUCUUCGCCCUGGCCGGCACCCUCGCCUCGUCCGCCUACACCGUCCUGAUCGGCGCCGCCCACCGCCGCCUGCGCCUCUCCAGCAUGCAGCUGCUGCUCAACCAGGCGCCCGUGUCGGCCGUCCUGCUGCUGUACGCGAUCCCCUUCCUCGACACCUGGCCCGCGCCUGCGCCUGCGGCUGCCCCUGGCCCUGGGCCUGCCCCAGCUGCGGCCGCGGCUGCCGGUGCAGCGGGGCGGUGCUGGUGGGGUGCGCUGAUCGGGCUGAGCGGGCUGUUCGCGGCGGCGAUCAACGUCUCGCAGUUCUUCAUCGUGGCGCGGGCCGGGCCGGUGUCGAGCACGGUGGUCGGGCACGUCAAGACGUGCGCCAUCGUCACGCUGGGGUGGCUGGUUUCCGGCCGGGGGGUGGGGGAUAAGGGGGGGCUGAUCGGGGUGGGUAUUGCCGUUGGGGGAAUUAUCGCGUGA